UAUAGGCGAUCGGCAUUGAUGAAAUGAAAAUUUGUUCUUUUAAGGAAUGGAAAAUCGGAUUAAAAUAAAUCUUUGAAUAUUUUUCUGGGUAUAAUUUUUUUUGGCCAGAUUCAGAAAUUUAUGUAGUGAUUUUUAAUAAUAUUAAAAUUAAGAAAUGGAAGAUUCAAGAUUACCACUUAAUAAGGAAUAUAAAUUGGUCCAUUUCCGCCAAAGAUAUGACUGGGAUUGUGGAAUAUCUUGUAUAUUAAUGGUUGUUAGCGCUUUGUCACGAGAAUACAUAGUUAAUCAUUUUGAUGAAAUUCGUAAAGAAGAAGGUUUCGGUUCCUCAACUUGGACAAUUGAUCUGUGUUAUAUUCUUAAAAGAUUUAAUGUUACUCACAAAUAUUUAACGAAAACUAUAGGAGUGGAUCCAAAAUAUAUUGAACAUAGUUAUUAUACUCCAAUAAUUGAACGUGACCAAGAAAGAGUUAAACUAAGAUUUGAACAGGCAGAAGCUAAAGGUAUUAACGUUGAAAAGAAAACUGUUAAAUUUGAUGCAAUAAUACGACACUUAUCCAAAUAUGGUCCAGUCAUACUUUUAACUAAUGCAGCGCUUUUAACUUGCGAUAACUGUAAAAGAAAGGAUGAGCAAAAGCAAAGCCCAUCAAGAUACUUGGGGCAUUAUGUCGUAAUAUGUGGCUAUGAUUUAAUUAAAAGAAAAGUUUUAUAUAGAAACCCAGCUCAAGAUGAUCAUGUAUGUGUGACUUCUGUGGACGCAAUGGAUAGAGCUCGAAAAGCCUAUGGAACUGAUGAAGAUGUGAUAUUUAUUUACUACAGAAGUAAAUCCUGGAACUUCUAAAAAAAAUAACAAAAAGAUUAACGUAAUCGGAUGUUUUAAAGCUUUUUAUGAAAAUGAAGUACAAAUUACGUGAUAAUAGUGUAUUAUGAGGACAAAAUAUAUUUUAUUAUUCUCGAAAAUUACUUAUUAACAAAUAACACCGCUUUAAGUUACAUUUGUUUACAAGCUAAGCAUAUUGAAUGCAUCGUGAUACAUAAUAUCUACAUUGUAAAUAAAUGAUAAUUUUGGUUUUCUGUUAAUUGGCUUUGAUUUAAAUUUUUAAAUGGAAUCACUUGAGCAAGUGUUUUUAGAGAUCUAGAAAUUUGUAUUGAAGUUAUUAUGUUUACAAAAUGGCAUUACAAAAAGUAAUAUGAAAAAUGUAUCUAUUCAUUUUACUAUAGAUUAUUAAACAAAAAAUUAUAAAAUUGA